AAGAAAUCCCAUCUGUUACUCUUCUUGUUCCCUUUUCUCUUUUAUGCUCUCACAAGAAAAGAUAAUAUGGGGAGAGAAAGCCUGGAAGAAGGACUGCUGCCAAGCUCUUCAAUUCUUGAACCUGCUCAUAUUGUUAGUAGCAUUGGCAAUGGCGAUGACAUAACUGAUCAAACUGAUUCUUCCGCUACACCUGUCGUUUUUUUCAGCACUUUCAUUACCGUGUGCAGUUACUUUGCCUUUGGCUGCGCAACAGGAUAUUCGUCGCCUGCUGAAUCUGGAAUCAUGAAGGAUCUCGGCCUCUCAGUAGCAGCAUAUUCUGUUUUUGUUUCUGUAUUAGCGAUUGGAGCACUUCUAGGUUCAUUAAUAAAUGGGAAAAUAACUGACCUCAUUGGUCGGAGAGGAGGAAUGUGGCUGGCAGAUUUUUUUUUCAUCUUUGGCUGGCUAACUACUAGGAUUAAUGACUUAAAAAAAUCCUACAACAAGACCCUUGGAUGCGUUUGCUUAACCUAUUAA